AUGUUUGGCGUACCUCCUAAGGAUGAUGAAGAGACGCUUUUCGAUCUGGUUUUCAACCAAGACAUUGACAGACCCUCCACGCUGGAGGGAGUUCUGGCUCCAAAUUUUAUUCAUAUCACGCCAUCGCUUAGCUCACUGGACUUAAAGUCAGCUAGCAGUCACGCGCUGGUGUCCACCCACUUUCUCCAGCUCACCCAACGAGCUACGAACACGGCUGAUGCUUCACUCCUACAAAACUAUGAUCGCGUCCUGGCAAUGAUACGACGGAUACGAGCAACAGUAGAUUCGAAUGUAGAUGUGCACGUCAGCCGAUCUGGCGGGGACGGUGUAUCCGCUUCAUCCAAUGGUGCUUCAAUCCGCGGUCUAGGACCCCAUCUAUUUAGGCUACGCAGCGAUGUUAGGCUGCCAAAGGGCGAGGAAUCCCCCAACCCUCAAUGCACUGUGAAGAUAUGUGGUGGAUCAGAGCUGGAGUUAACUGCGACUGGCACUGUCACCUCCGAGGUCGAUGCCCGCUGGCCCGUCUACUUAUGCCAGCUGCAAGGUACCGACAAGGACACUCUGUUGGAAAUGGGUUUUUGGCAUGUUGCUUGGCUGAUCAUCAGUUCGGGUACCAUAACAGAGGAACAACUCCAACGAUCGCAGCAUUGGGAUGUUAUCGGAGGCAAAGUUGAGUCUCCUGCGAGCCUUGUGCCUGGAGAGAAAUAUGCGGGUUGCUGGGCCAAGCGCUAG